GGUAUCAAAUUUAUAUCUUCACACACAUUAUCACACUUCUGUACAGAAAGUGUGAUAAAUUAAUUUGGAAAAAAUAUUUAAACGAAGCAAAUAUGAAGACCAUUUUCUUUUUGAUAUCUUUGGUAUGCUACUGCCUCUGUGACCCGAAACCCACCCUUCCUCUAUUAGGUGGACUGCUAGGUGGUGGUGGCGAUAAGUGCGACAAGCCAGGCGGACCAGGCAACAACCCAGGAGGCGGUCCCCCAUCAAACGGUGGUCCCCCAUCAAACGGCGGGCCCCCAUCAAACGGCGGUCCCCCCUCAAACGGCGGUCCCCCAUCAAACGGCGGUCCCCCAUCAAACGGCGGUCCCCCGUCAAACGGUGGUCCUCCAUCAAACGGCGGUCCCCCAUCAAACGGUGGUCCUCCAUCAAACGGUGGUCCCCCAUCAAACGGUGGUCCUCCAUCAAACGGUGGUCCCCCAUCAAACGGCGGUCCCCCAUCAAACGGUGGUCCCCCAUCAAACGGCGGUCCCCCAUCAAACGGUGGUCCCCCAUCAAACGGUGGUCCCCCAUCAAACGGUGGUCCCCCAUCAAACGGUGGUCCCCCCUCAAACGGUGGACCCCCCUCAAACGGCGGACCCCCCUCAAACGGUGGACCCCCAUCAAACGGCGGUCCCCCAUCAAACGGCGGUCCCCCAUCAAACGGUGGCCCCCCCUCAAACGGUGGGCCCCCCGGCAACAGCCCGGGCGAUUGCGACGAUGAAAGAACUGGGCUGUUAGGAGGUGGCAUUGUUGGAGAUCUACUUAAACUAAAACUCAAUCUUGGAAAGUAAAAGCAGAGUAAAUACAAAUGAGUAGGUCAUCUUCAUAGAAACGCACCGAGCGCAGUUUGU